AUGGCGCUGCCGGACGCCGGGGAGGGCGCGGCGGGGGAGCCGGGCGCGGGGCCGCGGGCCGGGCCGCCCGUCGGGCUCCCGGGCGAGGACACGCGGGCGCGGCUGCUGCCCGACGCCCCGGGCGCGCGGGAGCCCCGCACGGCGCUGGCGCCGCGACGCUUCGUGGUGCUGCUUCUCUUCAGCCUGUCGUCGCUGGUGAACGCCUUCCAGUGGAUCCACUACAGCAUCAUCAGCAACGUGUUCGAGGGCUUCUACGGCGUGGACGCGCUGUACGUGGACUGGCUGUCCAUGGUCUACAUGCUGGCCUACGUGCCGCUCGUGCUGCCGGCCACCUGGCUGCUGCAGGCGCGCGGGCUGCGGCCGAGCGCGCUGCUUGGCGCCGGCCUCAACUGCCUGGGCGCCUGGGCCAAGUGCGCCAGCGCGCGCCCGAGCCGCUUCUGGGUCACGGCGCUGGGCCAGACCCUCUGCGCCGUGGCCCAGGUCUUCCUCCUGGGCCUGCCCUCGCGCAUCGCCUCCGUAUGGUUCGGGCCCCGGGAGGUGUCCACGGCCUGCGCCACCGCCGUGCUGGGCAACCAGCUCGGGACUGCGAUCGGCUUUCUGCUGCCUCCGCUCUUGGUGCCCAACACGCAGAAUGACACGGAGCUCCUGGCUUCCAACAUCAGCACCAUGUUCUACGGGACUUCGGCGGUCUCCACCUUCCUGUUUAUUUUAACAGUGAUUGCCUUCAAAGAGAAGCCGAGAUACCCUCCAAGCGAGGCGCAGGCCGCCCUCCAGAACAGCCCCCCAGAGGCGUACUCCUACGCCCAGUCCAUCAGGAGCCUGUUCAGAAACGUGCCCUUCGUCCUGCUGCUGGUCAGUUACGGUAUCAUGACCGGCGCCUUCUACUCCGUGUCCACAUUACUGAAUCAGAUGAUCCUGACCUACUACAAGGGCCAGGAAGUGAACGCCGGGAGGAUCGGGCUGACGCUGGUCGUGGCGGGCAUGGUGGGCUCCAUUCUCUGUGGCCUGUGGCUGGAUUACACCAAAACCUACAAGCAGACCACUCUUACUGUCUACGUCUUGUCCUUCGCUGGGAUGCUGGUCUUCACCUUCACCUUGGACCUGGGCUACCCCAUCGCCGUGGUGUUCGUGACCGGAGGGGUGCUGGGUUUCUUCAUGACAGGUUACCUCCCGCUGGGCUUUGAAUUUGCUGUGGAAAUCACUUACCCAGAACCUGAGGGCACCUCUUCCGGCCUGCUCAACGCUGCUGCCCAGAUCUUCGGGAUCUUGUUCACGUUGGCCCAGGGGAGGCUCACGACCACCUACAACCCUCAGGCUGGGAACACUUUCCUGUGUGCCUGGAUAUUCGUGGGCGUCAUCCUGACGGCGCUAAUCAAGUCUGACCUGAGAAGACACAACAUAAAUGUCGGGAUCCCAAAUGGCGACGUGAAGGCGGUUCCAGUGGACAGCCCCUCAGAGCCCGAGCCCGUGGUGAAGCCCAAGCAAGCGGAGGCCACCAUGUGAGGGGGAUGGAGAAGCCAGGGGCCCGCGAGUCCCCCUGCUGCGGCAUUGCUGUCGCCAGCAGGGUCUCGCCCCAUCACUGCCACACUGUUCCUCUCGGGUGCCCCCUUGGGAGUUUCCGGGGAGCGGAGGGAUCACGCAGUGGGGAGGGCGCUGGCCUUGCCUAGGGCCGAGUGGGGUUCAGUCCCCAGCACCACACAGGGGCCCCUGAGCGCAGAGCCAGGGGUAAACCCAGAGCACCACUGGGUGUGGCCCCCCAGACAAGUGAGAAGUUGGCUCUCAGGAGAUCAGCUCUGUGCUCCCUGCUGAGAGAUCAGCGCAUGGAACCUCACUCCCGCAGGCCUUUUCUCCCCGCCCCUCCCUGGAGCAAGCGUUCCUGUGUGGAUGCACCCCAGGCCUCGAGAGUGCCCCCCACUUUGCUCUGACACCUGCCCGUUCCCCCCAUUUCCUGACGAGGCUGUGAGCUGACGGACAGAUAGCGUUUGGGUUCCCAAACAGUCCCCAUGGGCUUCGUACCAGGUACCAAUGGCGUUCAUACUAGUGGGCCACCCCCAUGACAUCGGCCCUGGACGUCAGGUCAGCUAAGGGACAGGCCCUGAAUUCAUCCCUCAUCCUGCCCGUCACAAUCUAAAACUUCUUCCAUUCCAGCUUAGAACCAAAUCUUCUUGUACCCAUGCCUGACAUAGAAUCUUCUAGUAAGAGAGUAGCAUCCCUACUGGCAGGCCUGUCGCCUCAUGCUCUGGCCUGGAAGAUUCCUAGCUCAAGGAUCCCAGCACCCGUGUCUGGGUGUGUGGAGCAAGGGCACCCUCCACCCUGUGCCCACUGUCCCCGCCCUGUCCCCGGGGGCAGCUGUGACCUUGCGUCCCAGACGUGAGAACAGCCCGGCAGGUGUUCUUUAGAGUAGCUCCGGCAUGGCUCUGCUUGGGACCAGGAUGUGCCUUGAUUUACCUGGAGUUGCUGUGUUCCCUGUGACCUCACGGGAACUGGGGCCAGGCUGCCGAGCGCCCAGAGUAGUUUCCUGCUGUCCCUCCAGCUGCCACUUUUGUCCCUAUUCAUUUGGUUCUGUUUGGCCUCAGAGGGCCUUUCAGUCUGCAGUGUGCUCGGCGUGGACUGGCCAACACCCGGCCCCGCCCCGACAGACACCUGGCCUGGGUACGCGUCCACUCAGCUGGGAAGGCCCCCAUAGCUGUCCUUGUGUGGACAUGGCCUUUUUAGUCUUUUUUCAUUUUUAAAAUUUUUUUUGUGUAUGUGUGGGUGGGGUUGGGAGUCAAGUCCUGCGGUGCUCAGGGUUACUCCUGGUUCUGCGCUCAGGACUCACUCCUGGCAUUGCUCAGGGGACCAUAUGGGAUGCUGGGGGUCAGACCGGGUCAGGUGUGUGCCCUACCCGCUGUACCAUUGCUCUGGCCCGUUUUUAGCCUCUUAAUCUCAGAUGGAUCAUGCUCAAUCACUGAUUAUUUAUUUACAUCUUAAAUUUUAUGGGCCAAAAAGAAAACUAUUAAGGUUCCUCCUCUAUAGUCUCUCAGUGUGUAUACUUUUUAAAAUGUCUGUGUUAUUUAAAAUAAUCAUGUGCUGUAAGUCCCUGUGGCUUGAAUGGGUGCGAGUUGUGUUAGUUCUGAAAAGCACACACAAGUGUGUCCUGCGUGUUUCCCAGUGUUGAAAGUGUGAAGUGCGACAUGACAGAUGCACGUGAGUCAGGAGCUCUGCGCGAGCCUACUGCCGGGCUACAGCUCUCGGUGCACUGUGACGCAGGUGUCACGUGCUGGGGCUGCACCCGGGGGAGCAUGGGGCCCAGGUGGUGCCGCGGAUCACUCCUGGGUCUGUCCUCUGCCUGUGUGGUUUCUGGUCUGGUCGAGAGGGAACUGCAUCUCCCGGAUGCUGCGCUUGCCGGCACUGCAGCUUCAGUUUUCUGAUGGAUGACGGAGGAAAAGCCUUUAAAACUGUGUCGGGGGUAAAGUUUUGCCAGGGUGCAUGUCUCAGUCUUUAUGUUCUGAUUUUGGUUCUUUGUACUGUUUAUCUGCUUGGUCUUCAGAUUUGAAAUAAAUUUAUUUUUUUAUGUUCA